AUGGAAACAGAAAAGAAUUCCGAGCAAUUGAAGUUUGAAGGUUCGUGCUAUUGUGGUGCGUGUCAAUUCAUUUGCGAAGGCAAACCGCUCUUUCGUACUCUUUGUCAUUGUUCAAUUUGUACAAGAAUCUCUGGUGGCGUGGCAGUACCGUUUGUUGGAUUCGCAAACGAGAGUUUAGAAGUUACCAAAGGAUUGAAAAAUCUCAAAGGUUUCAAAGCUACAGAACGAAUGGAAAGAUUUCAUUGCAAAACAUGUUCUUCGAACGUCUAUAAUCAAUCGUUGUUACCGGAUCGAUUAUUUCGUGAUACAUCGUUGAUGAACUUUAAGCGAGAUGAUCAAGGACGCAUUAUUGAUUUGGAUCAAUUGAAAGCUGGUAGUCAUAUGUUUUUUAGCGAAUGUCAACAAUGCUUUGCUGAUAUAUUCAAAACGGAUGGUUUAGUCAAAUUCAGUACAAUGCCUGGAUCAACAGUCAUCUCGAAUGGUUCAUCGAAAUAG